AUGGCUAAUCGUCUUCCGAGCGUCCUAAAAACGAGUUUGAUCGCCUCCAUCGAUAUUGGUACCACUUCCUCCAGAGCCAUUCUUUUCAACAGAAAGGGUCAAGAGGUUGCUAAGCACCAGAUCGAGUACUCCACAACCGCCAACACCACCGCUGAUGGUGAGACUAAGAUCUUCUCUGCCGAGGGUAUUACCAUCUCUGCCAACGAGGACCUGGAGAUUGAGGAUGACCACGACUCCAGAGGACCAACUCUGAGAUUCCCAAACCCAGGCUGGGUCGAGGUUAAGCCAGCACACGUCUUGGCCAACGGUGUCCAGUGUCUUGCUGCCUGUAUCAUCACUUUGGAGAAGAUUAACGCUGAGCGUGAAUCCAAGGGUGAGAAGCCACUCAAGGUGACUGCCAUUGGUAUUGCCAACAUGAGAGAAACAACCAUUGUUUGGGAUAAGAAGACUGGUCGCUCGCUGAACUAUGGUAUUGUCUGGAAUGAUACCAGAACUGCUGAUAUUGUCCAUAAGAAGAAGGCUUCUGUCUCAGCCGAGACAUUGGAGAAGCUGAGACAAAAGUGUGGUGUUCCACUCUCCACUUACUUCUCUGCUUCCAAGUUGAGAUGGUUGCUUGACAAUGACGAGGAUGUUAAGGCACUUUACGAGAAGGGUGAGUUGAUGUUUGGUACCAUCGACACUUGGUUGAUCUACCACAUGACCAAGGAGCACGCUCAUGUCUCCGAUGUCACCAACGCAUCCAGAACUAUGUUCAUGGACAUUCAAACCUUCCAAUACGACGAUGAGUUGCUUGCUCUCUGGGACAUUGAUUCCAAGAAGGUUACAUUGCCAAAGAUUGUCUCUUCUGCUGAACACUACGGUACUUUCAGCGUCCCAGAAAUUGACAGCCUUGGCUUCGCAGGUGCCCUCUCUAGCACAGCCAUUGAGAAGUUGAACACCCUCAAGGGUGUGCCAAUUUCUGGUUGUUUGGGUGAUCAAUCUGCCUCUUUGGUUGGUCAAUUGGCUUUGAAGCAAGGUGCUGCUAAGUGUACCUACGGUACUGGUUGUUUCUUGCUUUACAACACUGGUAAGAAGACCCUUGUCUCCACCCAAGGUGCUUUGACCACUGUUGGUUUCUGGUUCCCAGCUUUGGGUGAGAGUGAGAACUACGCCCAUUAUGCUUUGGAGGGUUCCAUUGCUGUUGCCGGUUCUGUUGUCCAAUGGUUGAGAGACAACUUGAAGUUGAUCAACGCUGCCUCAGAUAUUGGUCCAUUGGCAAACCAAGUUCCAAACUCUGGUGGUGUUGUCUUCGUUCCAGCUUUCUCUGGUUUGUUUGCUCCAUACUGGGAUUCCGAGGCUAGAGGUACCAUCUUGGGUCUCACUCAAUACACAACGGCUUCCCACAUUGCCAGAGCUGCUUUGGAAGGUGUCUGCUACCAAGCCCGUGCCAUUUUGAAGGCCAUGGCUUCUGAUGCCGGUGCUGAUGGUGAUUUCUUGGAGCAGGCCGAGGGCACCUACGAGAAGGCUCCAUUGUCUCUUUUGGCUGUUGAUGGUGGUAUGUCCAAGUCUGACGAGGUUAUGCAAAUCCAAGCUGAUAUCUUGGGUCCAUGUGUCACUGUUAGAAGAUCUCCAAACGCUGAAGCCACUGCUCUUGGUGCUGCUAUCGCUGCUGGUCUUGCCGAGAAGGAUGCCUCGAAGAGAUUGUGGGACGACUUGGAUGACGUUGUGGCCUCCAUUGGUGGUGAGUCCCAAGGUGACUUCAAGUCCAAGUCCAUUGACACCGAGAGAAGAGCUCACUGGACCUUGUGGGAGAGAGCUGUUGAGAGAGCCAAGGGUUGGAUCCAGGAGUAAAUCCUUUAAAACAAAACUACGCUGCAUGUUGAGAUGAUUUAAUGGCUUCCAAUGAGUAUUUUUUUUCUAUGUUAAUGUCUUUUCUUUGUUUUGUUACCAUAUAUAUAUAUAUUCCUGUUUUAAUAUCUGAUCUUGAGGGUUUGCAUGCUAUACCUGUGUAUAGGUAUCUGUUGUAGAUUCUAAUAUACAAUUGACUGGUGUAAAGUGAAGGCCUGUGUUACACUCUUGACAUCGUCACUUGACUGGCCAACGAUGACGU